CUGAUCAGGCGUGCACUAACGCGCCAAGUAUUUUAUGACAGCUUACCUUCUUUAGUCACAAAUCCGCACGCAAUCAUACACACUGAUUUAUCUAUCUGGCCACGAUGCGCUAUGUUCGAGGUAACGUCUGUCAUAAGAUAUGUACAUAUUUGUGUCAUUCCACACGGUUCCAUCGCCCCCGUAUCUAAUCCAGGUCUGAAUCGCAUAUUGUUAGUGAUCAUUAUCAGCAUGGAACCGCAUGUGCAAGUACAAUUGUAUCUUCUCAUUGUGAUAACCUUACCCAAAGCAGCGUUUUCUGUUCGUGGAUGUGUGACUUAUGUGGCUGGGGAGGAUUAUUCAAUGCGUCAGUCUAUUUGUGACAAACCGGACACUCAUUUCACUACCAUUCCAGCCGCGUUACCCAGUCAAGUGGUCAAACUGACUGUGAAUCAUCAGGACAUCACGGAACUGAAUUCCACACAAUUCAAACAUUUGCCCAAUCUGACCUAUCUGGAUCUGGAUUCAAACAAAAUUGUUCGCAUUCAUCCGAACACGUUUCAUGUGUUGAAGCAUUUGCAGACGCUGAGUCUACGAUUCAAUCUACUCAUAUUCAGUGUGGAUUCCUUCCAUCCGGAUGUAACUCAUGGACUAAUCGGAUUAGAGAACUUGAACCUAUUGCAAAAUCCAAUGGGAUAUGUGCCCAAAAGGAUCUUUGCUCCCAUUGGGUCCAGUCUACGAUCUUUGGUGCUUUCUGGGGGAUCUGAGGAUUUUCAGUUAGACCCCGGAGCCCUGGAUGGUUUGACAAUGCUUCAGCUGUUAGAUUUGAGUUACAACCACUUGGAAAGCUUGCCGGAAUCGUUUGAAAGCACAUUGCACCAUAUGCAACUGAAGGAACUCUAUCUAUACGGAAACCCAUGGCGUUGUGAUUGCAAUUUGCGAUGGCUGAAAGUUUGGUUUCUCAAGUACAACUCUAAACUGAUCUACUCGAGACCAGUGCCUGAGGGUGUGAAUCGGAAUCUGUUAGAUCCCAGUGCACAACGUUGGUACGAUUACAACUAUGAUGGAACUGGUGAUGGACCGUCUUUGCUUCAGCCUCGUUGUGCUUCUCCAUACGCUCUUUUUGGACGCCCUCUGUUCAGUCAUCAAACCCUGGCCGGUUUGCAACCCGUUCGAACCACGGACUUUCAUUGUCUUCCGCAAGCCCUUACCGCAAAUCAACCUGUUCAACUUACCCUGGGCAGUAAUGCCACAUUGACCUGUGAAUUUUUUGCCGAUCCUACCGGUAUUGUGGUGUGGUAUCGUAAUGGCACAUUGAUUCAACAACGUUGGGCACGUAUGAGCAUGCAUCAGACCACCGGACGGACAUUCCAAGCGGAACUAACUGUACAGGACGUGCAACCGAGUGAUGCAGGCACAUAUGUGUGCUUUUUGGAUACAGGGCACGGACGCGUGAACACGACAUUUUCUGUCCAGGUGAACAGCGAUGAUCAAACUGUGUCUUCUAAAAUCAAGGAGGGCGUAUUUCGAUGGAUAAAUCGCCUAAAUACAACCCUGGUGUUAAAGUAUACCGGAAUUAUUGCUUCAUGUUUGAUUAUGCUGUUAAUGAUAAUAGGGUUAUUUAUAUAUUGUUUCUAUGGCAAACGGAACAGGCUGUCCAAACCCCGUUUCGAUCGAGAACGUAUGUCCAAUCAGGUUGAACCAGAUGUCCAAAUGAAUAAUGAUUCUCCGAUCAAGUCUCAAACGAACGCAGGGACCUACGAUUUUCUACCACCACGACCAUCUGUCGUAGCUCCACAGUCCUCAUUAGUUAGAAGGGAAAAUGUGCCUGUCGACAUUAAGGAUAACAAUAUGCGUGAAAUGCAGUUGAUUUCACCAACAAAUGAAAAGAUGGAUAACUAUGUGACAUUUCGUAUUCUACCUACCGAUUCCAAAAAUGAUUUACCUCAACGCUGUUCCGUGCACAACUAUGCAAUCAUUCACCCAGUUGGUGCAGAUUCUGUUCUGCUCGACAGUACAAAUCCCCGGCUAAUCCCCCUACCUUCCGCCGCUCAGCUCCUGGUCAGUCCUCCUGCAAUGCCGGCCCCGAUUGCACACACAGACCAAUCACACUUAUUGGUUUUCAAAGAACCUGAACGUAACCUUACGAAUAUGGAACUGUCUGGUAUUAUACAACCGCCUGGUCCGGUGCUAUCGGAUGCACUUGUUGCAAAUACAUCCACAUCAGACCUUACGCCAUGUCCUCUGCAUGGUCACAUAUAUGCCACAUUGCAUCCACAUCAAUCAGAUCGGCGAGAUAAUGUAGAAAGUUCAAAAAGGCAUAUAGCCACCAUGCCUGCUGGUCUGGGCUCGGUUCACGAGAAACGGACCAGUACUUUGCCCAGUAGGAGAAAAUCCCCCGGAGCCGGUGGGGGGUCUGGAUUUGCAACAGCUGCCACAAGCACCACGGCAAAUUUGGAAGCAUCUGAGGGAACAAACAGAUUUGGGGCAUUAAAUGCUUCUUCAACCCCUGAUAUCGCUGUGAUCAAACCCAAAACGAAUGGGCCGGCAGUCAAAUCAACGGAUAAUAACCAUGACCAUGAUGAAGUCGCAUCCUGA